CUCCCGCUUUACCCCGUCAGCCCCGGCGAACGCUGCUGGCCGACACUCCCCCUCUUCCCCCAACCCCACUCCCGUGGGGUUCCCGCCGCCGCCGCCAUGAGGCUGCGGGUGAGGCUUCAGAAGCGGACCGGGCCGCUGGAGGUGCCCGAGGCCGAGCCGACGCUGGGCCAGCUGCGCGCGCACCUGAGUCGGGCCCUGCUGCCCACCUGGGGGUACAGUUCUGAUACCCGAUUUGCAAUUACAUUGAACAACAAGGAUGCCCUCACUGGAGAUGAAGAGACCUUGGCCUCGUAUGGGAUUGUUUCUGGGGACUUGAUAUGUUUGAUUCUUGAAGAUGCCAUGCCAGCCCCUAACUUACCUUCAUCCACAGAUUCAGAGCAUUCCUCACUCCAGAAUAAUGACCAACCCUCUUUGGCCACUGCCACCAAUCAGGCCAGCAUUCCAGCUGAACAACGGAGUGAUUUAUUCCAAGGACCGGUAGUCCAGUCUGACGUCUGGAAGGAUGACAGUAUGCCAGGGCCUAGUCAACAUUUGGAAGCUGAGUCAAUUCAAGAUGCCAUGGAUAUGGACGAGGGCUCAGGCUUCUCUCCCUCAGAGCCAAUGCUGUGCAGUGAAGCAGGGGAAGGGCAGGUGCCACAUUCCUUAGAGACCCUGUAUCAGUCAGCUGACUGCCACAGUGCCAGUGAUGCCUUGAUAGUGCUGGUCCAUCUCCUCAUGCUGGAGUCAGGUUACAUACCUCAGGGGACGGAGGCCAAAGCAGUGUCCAUGCCAGAGAAAUGGAAGUCCAGUGGUGUGUACAAGCUGCAGUACACACAUCCUCUCUGCGAGGGGGGCUCUGCUGCGCUCACCUGUGUGCCUUUGGGAAACCUCAUUGUCGUAAAUGCUACAUUAAAAAUCAGCAGUGACAUUAAAAGUGUGAAAAGGUUGCAGCUUCUGCCCGAAUCCUUCGUCUGCACAGAGGAGCCAGGUGAAAAUGCAGCUGAAGUGUACAAAGAUCUUCAGAAGCUGUCCCGCCUCUUCAAAGACCAGCUGGUGUACCCUCUCCUAGCCUUCACCAGACAAGCACUGAACCUUCCAGAUGUGUUUGGGUUGUUAGUCCUCCCAUUGGAGCUGAAACUGCGGAUCUUCCGACUUCUGGAUGUUCGGUCUGUCUUAUCUUUGUCUGCAGUUUGCCGUGACCUGCUGAUUGCAUCCAAUGACCCUCUGCUGUGGAGAUGUUUGUACCUGCGGGAUUUUCCAGAGAGCGCCAACAGAGCUGGAGACACAGACUGGAAGGAACUCUACAGAAAGAGGCACAAACAGAGAAAAGAAGCGCAGCGCGGGCGGCAUAUGUUCCUGACGACCCCGUCCCACCCCAUCCCCUUCUAUCCCAGCCCCUUGCAUCCCAUGCCCUUUCACCCCAGCUCACUCCUUCCUCCAGGAAUUAUUGGUGGUGAAUACGAUGAAAGACCCACACUUCCCUUUGGUGGGAAUCCAAUAAACUCCCUCAUUCCAGGGCCUGGGCAGACGCCCGGCCAGUUCCCUCCACUCAGACCACGCUUUGAUCCAGUGGGCCCACUUCCUGGACCUAAUCCCAUCCUGCCAGGGCGCGGGGGCCCCACUGACAGAUUUCCUUCCAGGGCCAGCAGGGGUCGCUCCAUGGACAGCCGGCUCCCAUUCAUGUGAUUGAGGAGUAAUCAUUCUGGAGCUAGAUCUUUUGGUUUUGAAACUACCAUAAAGCUGCCAUCUCCUGGGGGUGCUGCUCUCUAGGGUUACUUUCUGACUAUGGUGGUGAGACUGCACUCCCAGAACCGCCCCCUAGCUGCAUUUGCACCUGCAGGGCCCCCCCCCCCCCC